AUGAACGCCCUGUGGAAUGUCUUCGGUUCCUCGGAGCGAGUCAAUUUGAAGCAGCUGUUCGACUACCCCGUGUUCAUAUGGCAGAUCCCGUGUGGCAGCAGUUCGUUUGACAAGAAAGGGGGACUUAGCCUCAGCAAAAGCUCUGCAAGGAAUGUCCGUGCAACGUGCCGCUUUCUGGAUGACACGUACAGCCACCGCUAUAUGAUCUUCAACUUCUCGCCGCUCAUGGUGGAUCUCGAGGAAUCAUGCCGGUUUGGCGAGCUGAUGGACUACUCCAAGCAGCCUAUUGAGGACUUCAGGUUGUUGAUUGAGCUCUGCUUCACCAUCAUGAAGUGGACACUUGCUGGUGACGAAUUCACCGAAGAGAACAUCCACUGUGCUGUGCUUGUCUUCCUGGAGGAGAGCCCCUCCAUUCCGUACCCGAAUUACGCCGCCAUGAUUGCAACGUGCUACCACAUAUUCAAUGGCUGUCAGUCUAGUGGUGGGCGCUACACGCUUGAGUUCGUGGAGGGGCAGCUGGGCAUCCACCGAAGCAGGAUUCACGCGGCGUCGCAGGAGUGCUACGUGAACUACUUCCAGCUCCUCCUCGAUAUACCCAUGUUGCCGAGCACACGGCGACGGCGUCUGGUGCGGGUGUCGCUGCACAACAUGGACUCCCUCAAGGGGAUGCACCUGGGCCUGCGCGUUGAGAGCGAGGGCAAGAUCAUGCUCUUCAGUGAUCCCACUGCGUGGGAGGAGGGGAGCCACGCCACCGCACAGCUCCUUUUGAAUCCGCAGGUGUCCCUGUUCGGCGACUUUGCUAUUUCUGUGCUGCAGUAUGAGCUGCCUGUGCCGCCGCCACCCGGGCAGCCGGAGCCGCCACGGCCCGUCCACGUGCUCGCCCGGUGCGCGUUCAGCACCAUCUUUAUUCACAAGGAGACCCACCACGCCCGUGCGCGCGACAUGGAUUACGCCGCCCAGAGCAAUCUGCCGGGCGAUUCCUACAUUCUGCUGCACUUCGAGGAGGUGCGCCCGGAGGUAGCGGACGGGGCCUACAUUGAGCAGCUGACGCAGCGCAUCGAUCAGACGCCGAGGCACCAGAUGUUCCUUCAGUGGCCCUGGCACUUGUCGGCACCUGACCGCCACCGCGACCGCUCCUGUUUUCGGGGAGGGAGUGUGGAACCCUCACCCUCACGCAGGCUUCCGGCUUUUGUUUCUCUACAGGGGGAGGAAGAGCGCCGAUACCAGGACGAUGACGAACUGGCAUCCUCGCUCGACCUCUCACCGCAGGCACGGUACCACGAUCCGUCCCCUAGUCCACCGAAUGAGCCGCUGUCACCUCCCACCCCCUCCGUCGCUGGAGCGCCACGUCUGAGUAAGUCAGAGCGACGCCGCCAACGACGACGACGGCGUCAACAGAAGCGAGACCUGCAGAGUUCUCCAGGUAUUUCUACGGAUACGAUCGCCACAAGUUUUCCGUCUAGGGAAAGAGUUCGUGCCUCUGCCUCCCUUAACGUCGCGUGGUAG